AUGACUCAUCUUCGAACUUGUACACCGCCUCGAAGAGCUUUGGUCCGCAGUCACAAGUCACUCCGUCAUAGAAAUGAAAGAAUGCGUCAGCUCACACUUUUAGAUAGACUUGUACUCGGCCUCAAUUGUAGUGUUUCUCAAGGAGACGAUGAAAUUCAUAUAAAGCAACUUCAUGCUGAAGAUCUAAACAUCUUAACUCAAAGGAUCAAUCGCACUGGCUUCCUAAUUACUUCACUUGCUUUACGCACAACUGCCAAUAAUGAUGCAGAAUACAAUAUUGUUCUCACUUAUUCUCCAAAGAUGGAAGCAGAAGCCAAACGGGCAGCUAGGAAACUUAGAUCUCUAGGAACCAUCGGCUCUAGUCGAUUUGCCUCUAACGAUCUCUCUCUCAAUUUCGGCAAUGAGCCAGGUGAUGAUGGUGAUGGGGAAGACGAUGAGUAUGGUUUAGAUGUGGAUUUCGAAUUGGAUAAAGAAGUUGGUGAGCUUCACUGCAAAACCUCUAAGCAGCACUCAUUUAGCUCAGGCAAUAAGCACAAUAAAUUUCGCGAAGAUGAAUCAGACAUUGCUAAACCUGGUAAAGAUCCUUCUCUUGGCGUUAGGUCUAGCUUAUCCAUGCUUGAGCAAUUUCAUAAAGGUUGCUUAUCUAGACCUGUUAGGUCUCUAGUGAACUGUUCUACCAGCCUUGAGAAUACUGGUUACGCCAGUGAUACGAUAUCGGAAAUUAUUUCCCGUCAGGAGAUCUUUUUAACUGAAUUCAACAAAAAACCCUCUUUUUCCGAUGAUAGUAAUUUUGAUCGAGACGAAAACUGCCAUCUAAGACCGUUUUCUUCAGUGCUCUUUAAAAAUAAUAGAUCCAAAGGAGCGUUGAGUCAGUGGCUUUUUUCAACUCAUAAUUCAUCCUCAAUUCAUAAACCUCGUUCAGUACACAACUGUGAUUCUGACAAUUCUGAUGAUGCCGACACACUUGCGCCUAUCUAUCAUUCUAUGUCCUCAGGUCAGCAGGCGGAACUUACUCGGUCGAGGACCAUUCGAAAUCCUUUUAAUAAAGUGAAAAAGUCAGUUUCAUCAGCAUUUAUGUUGUUUUUACAAGAAAAACAAAUUCGAGGAGUGACUCCAAGACAGCUGCCCGGUGGCACCACUGCUAAGCGGCCUAGGAAUUCUGAUAUCGGGGAUUCUGGUGAAGACAUUCAAGUGGGUAAUAUAUCUCCUCAUACAACUCCAAUGCCAAUUGCAUGCGGUGGCGCUCUAUCUGCGCCUAAUCAGCUCCAUGUUAAUCGCAAAAACCUCUGCGAUAACGAGAUGCUUGGGGCUGGGUUUGUACCAGCUACCCAGACUAUUCAGCUAAGUGCCUCUUCUUUUCGACGUCAUAGCCCCCGUAAGUUGAUUCGUAAAGUGUAUACUGGAAGCUCAACUAUUCCAAAGAUUUUGAACCGCAAGCGGCCCGGCCCCUCUAUUACAUCUUCACAAUCACAACAACCUUCUUCAAACUCUUCUGGGCCGUCAGUAUCUUUAGUUCAUCACGUCACCGCCCCUUCAAUGCAACCUUCGGCAUUACCCCCCCCUGCUCCCGCAUCUACUCCGCUCAUAAAUGUUUCGCUUACCUCCGGAAUUUCAAAUAGCUCUGGUUCUACUGUCUUCUUAUCCGGCCCAGUUGCCCCGUCCAUCACUGAGUCAUCUACGAGUGCACAACAUCAAACUUCGAUCACUUCUUCACCGACAAUCGUUAAUGUCUCAGCUAGGCCCCAAAAUUCAGGCUCAGCUACUGCUCAAAUUGUUGUCACUCAAGUUGCUGCUCCUACAAGCUCCCAUUCA